CUCUCUCUCUCUCUCCAAAUUAUAAAAAUCAGAGAAACGUUACAGAGAACAAGAAACCUUACACAGAAACUCGAAAAUGGCGACGAAUAUUGGCAUGAUGGAUUCGGCAUAUUUCGUCGGCAGAUCAGAGAUCUUGGCAUGGAUCAACUCCACCCUGCAUCUCAGUCUCUCCAAAGUGGAAGAGGCAUGCUCGGGUGCGGUUCAGUGUCAGCUGAUGGACGCGGCGCAUCCAGGCAUCGUGCCGAUGCACAAGGUGAACUUCGACGCCAAGAACGAGUACGAAAUGAUCCAGAACUACAAGGUCCUUCAGGACGUCUUCAACAAACUCAAGAUCACCAAGCAUAUUGAGGUGAGCAAGCUCGUGAAAGGAAGGCCACUGGAUAAUCUGGAGUUCAUGCAGUGGAUGAAGAGAUACUGUGAUUCGGUCAACGGUGGUGCUCUGCACGGUUACAAUCCUUUGGAAAGGCGGGAGGCUUGUAAGGGAGGAAAAGAAGUGACUAAGAAAUGCGCCCCACCUACGAAGUCUGCAACUACUGCCUCUAAAACCCAAUCCUCUCACAAUGCUCGAAGGCAUGAUGCAUCUUCCGUAAACCAAACAAAUCAAUCAGCUAAGGUCCCUAGAUCAUCUUCAGGUGGAGGGCCAGCUUUUGAUGAACAGAUCACUGAGUUGAAGCUCUCAAUAGACAGCCUUGAGAAGGAGAGGGAUUUUUACUUUGCAAAGUUGAGGGAUAUUGAGAUACUGUGCCAGAGUCAAGAGAUCGAACAAUUACCUAUUGUUGGGGCAAUAAAGAAGAUCCUUUAUGCUACGGGUGAUGAUGCAUCAGUGGUAGUAGAGGCUCAAGCCAUGUUGUCAGCCACCCAGAAACAGGCUGAACAGCUGAGUCCAAUUCCUGAGGUACCAGAGGACAGGCCAAAGCUUGAAACCCAGAAGAGAAAGAACAUUGUGAAUCUGGAAGUUGAUGUUGCAGCCAACACCACUUUGUCUCCAAGGCAAAGACUUUCUGAUGUUUCUGAUGUCCAUUGCAGUGGCUCACCCCUCUUGACCUGCUGAUUAUUUUCUUGUGCUACUGAUUUUGAAUUCUUGAUUCUAUCUGGGUUUUGUUCCCUCUUACCAUCCUCAGAAUCUCCAUUCCAUUAUCAGAGUUAAGAGGUGCAUGUAAUAGUAAUACAUAAUACAUAGUAAGGACAAAUAAUAUGAUGUAUGCUCCUCAUUUUAGGAGACCCAAUUUGUUGUCCUUUUUGUAUGCAAAGAACUCGAUGAUCUAACAGAUUAUACUUUGUUUUGCAAAA